AUGGAUAGCUUACCUUUUCAUCUCCUCGAGGAGAUUCUCUUCAAACUGAAUGACAAAUCUCUGGCGAUAAUGCAAUGUGUGGACAAAUCUAUCAACUCCCACAUAUCCAACGAUCCUUAUUUCAAAUCCAACCUCAAGGGUUCUUUUCCCGCUGCGAUGGAAGUAGAUGAGAACGUGGAGGUCAUGAAGGUGGAUCUGAUUGAUGAUAAAGGUAAGUCCGGUCUAGGUAUGAUCAAGAGAGUUAUUAAUACAAUCUCAGCAUAUGCUCAGAAAAAGAAAACGGGAGUUGGAAAAAGAUUGUUGAAUGAAGAUGAUACCACACUGAAGAUGGAGUUGCAAUCUUCUUAUUCUUCUUACAAGUUAAUUAACGUGGAGAGAAUCAACAAAAGAAGAAGAGUGAAGUCGUAUGCAUGGAACUAG